GAGUCAGCAGAUGAGCCGCGCCCCCAUUCACUCCUCCACGGCAGCCGCGCCGCCGUCCUGCGCGGCAAUUCGCGGAUGCUCGCAGCUGCGGCCCAGACAAAGAAGCCCAAGGUGGCAGUGGCAAGGUAUCCCGCGAUGCUGCCCUCAGACAUUGAGGUGUGGCAAGCCGUGCCUUUGCCCCCGACGGCACAAUAUGUGCCGAAGAGCUGCGUGGCCUGCAGCGCACAGGACUGCGCGGUACUGACGGGCUGUUGUCGCGGAGGUCUCCACAGCCACGUCCUCACCGUGCCCACGCCGGACCUGCGGGCGUCCGCCUGCAUCCGCGCGGAACAAGCGGCGGCGCGUGUGUGGGAGGAGCAUGCGCCCAUCGGAGGCAGCUUAAGCUGCCUUUUCUGGCUGGCCCACGGGUGCCACGCGGCACUUGAUGCGCCCAAGAAGGUGGACGCCGCCAGAGUGGAGAAGCUGACCCACGAAAUGUGGGACGCAUACGGCUUCAGGAAGUCCUCAGGGCGCCUGCCCCAGCUGCUAGCAGGACGCCACCUGGCAAAGCUGCCGCGCGAUCUGUCCCAGGAGCUUCCCCACAAGGCCUGGGAGAUGCAGAUCUUCCAUGGUGGCCGGACCGUUUCAAUAGCAGUCUCUCCUUAUGCG